UUCUAUCGAGUUGGUGACCCAACUCGACGUUAAAAGCCCGUCAAUUUUCUGGGUAAUGAAUCCUCUUAUGACGCGACUUGUUAAUCCUGAUCUAUACGAACUUCCAUUCUAGGCAAUGAUCUAACGAUAACUUGCUAUCCGAUUCAACUAGGAAUUUAGUAAUUAGUAAGUAGAUCACAUGCUCUUCCUAUUGAGAAGGUUAUCAUCGCUAUCAAUCGCAACAACAUCACCGUUAUCCUACUCUGCUCCGCUUUCUAGGCUCAACAACAUGGCGUCGAUCAACAACAACGGGAGUUCGUCGAGGUUAUCGGUGUUAGCUCAGCAGCUCCGCCUUUACAAGCCGCCGCCGGGUGAUGCUGAGGAUGAUGACGAAGUCGUUUCUCAAGUGGGUUUUGCAGAAUCCGCAACCCCAGUUGGGAAUCGGCCUUCGGAUAGAUUUAGACCUAAAAGAGCUGCUGUUUUGAUCUGCCUUUUUGAAGGGAAUAACGAUGGUAGUGGCGAGGAUCUUCGUGUGAUUCUUACUAAAAGAUCUUCUAGUCUCUCUACACAUUCAGGGGAAGUUUCAUUGCCUGGAGGGAAAGCAGAGGAAGAUGAUACAGAUGAUGCCUACACUGCAACAAGGGAAGCAAAAGAAGAGAUAGGACUCGAUCCUUCACUUGUAAAUGUUGUAGCUGUUCUUGAGCCAUUUUUGUCCAAGCAUCUUCUACGAGUAAUUCCUGUAAUUGGCAUACUGUCUGAUAGAAGUGCAUUCAAUCCAACUCCUAAUGUUGAUGAAGUAGAUGAUGUCUUUGAUGCUCCUUUAGAAAUGUUCUUAAAGGAUGAAAAUCGAAGAUCCGAAGAACGUGAAUGGAUGGGGGAUACGUAUUUAAUUCAUUACUUUGACUAUAAAAUAAAUGGAAAAAGUUAUUUAAUUUGGGGUCUCACUGCUGGGAUUUUAAUUAGAGCCGCAUCCAUUGUGUACAAAAGACCACCUGCUUUUAUUGAACAAAAUCCAAAAUUCAAAGUUCCUGAAAUUGCAAAUAAGGACACCACAAUGCCAUAAAAAAAUAACAAAAAAAACACAUUGGGAUUAAAUAAAAAUUUAGGUCAAAUUCAUUCGUUGACCUUGAAAUAUUGAUUGGUGGAAUUGGUGGUGAUGAUGGAAGAAUCCGGCCACCAUGGUGGUGGUGGUGAUUGAAGAACUGGUGAAUUUCUUUGUUUACACCCUUUACUUUUGUAGAGUUGCUUGUAUAGUCCUUGGGUAAGUUAAAAAAAUAUUUGUUGAAACAAUAGUAUUAUUGUAUCUUAUUGACAUGAAAAAGAUGGUGUUAACGUAUUUAUUUAUCAUUUUAAUAAAAUUGAUUGGUGUAUUGCUUACUUAUGGCAUUGUAUUUGGUCUUUUAGUACUUGGUAAUUUAAAACAAGACUUGAAUGUCAUGACUAUAAUUUUUUUUGGCCCAUUUGAAAUUUUUUGGGUUUUUCUAUAUCUGAUAUUAUUUGUUUGGUAAGACUGGUAUGUCAUGAUCAUCUGUUUUAAAAUGUGUUUGGAUUAACAAAAUGAUUUUUGGUGUAACUUUUAUACAUAAAGUCACCUAAAAUCACAAAAAAUCAGGUUAUUCUGACUUUUUGAAACUUUUUCUUUUUCUCUUUGCAAAAAGUCAUUUCAAAAGAAUUUUUUUAUUAUCCAAAUAUCUUUUGACUUUCUAAAAAAAUUAAAAGUUAAAAAUUUAUUCUAAAAGCAAUGCCAAACACCCUCUUAGAUUAUUGUGUGAAGAUGAUAAUCAUGUGUUUCUUUUUCUUGCUAUUGUUAUUAAGGUGGGGUGUGGAUAAUAUUUGCUUAUAGUACCAAUUUUCCAUCCUUAACACUUUUGGGGGACAUGUAAAGGAAAAUAAAUCAAAAGGUGAUGCCAUGUUAGGUACAAAAGUUCAUAAAGUGGGAGUUGUACUCUUUUUGUUGUCACAUUGAAGACUUUGAAUUGUAGCACGAAAUUUUGUUGCAAUAUAAGUGACAAAUUUUGUGAAGCAUUGUAAAUAAUUGGUGUAAUCUUUUAGAAAUAGCGUAAUACUUUUUGCAUAAAACAAGUUUUGGGAUCCAUCGAGUGUAAUAAAAAUAUCACUAGCAAACGCAACUUUUACCUACAAAUUUAUUAAAAAAAAAAAAAAAAAAAAUCUUUUACAUUAUCAUGUAUUUAAAGAUUAUACAAGCUAAAUCCUCCUAUUUUCAGACCUAUAAUUAUAAUAAACUAUUUUAUCGAUGUAAAGAGAUCCAUUUGCUAGCAAAAAUUGUUCAAGAGAAACACCCCAAAGCUCAAAGCUGGGAACGUGAUUAGAGCAGAUGCC